AUGACGAUGCGAUGCUCUUGUUCUGGGUGGAAACCAAAGACUGAUAAUACUGGUCGUGCAGAUAUGUGUGCAUGUGAUCACAGAGUUAGCAAUCAUGGAGACCCCAAUUGUACUCCGGAAGAAUUCAAUGAGCGAUUAGAAAUCGCCAUGAGGAUAGAUAAGUUAUUAGAAGCCAAAGGAAAGCUCUUGGACUUUGAAUACGAAGACGAAGAUGUCCGAAAAUUACGGAGGAUACUUACCUCAGGAAAUGAUGCAGCGUUCAUUAAUCCUUCCAAACGUAAGUUGGAAGAUGGUGAAGAUUCAGCACCAAAUCCUCGCAAGAUAAAACUCGAGGAGGAACCGCUAUCAAUACCCGAAAAGCCUGCCGUUGCCGAAGAAAGAGAAGGAAUAAUUGAAAUGAAGGUCAUUACAAAUGAUAACACAAUGGAUAACUUAAUACUUUUAACAAGUUUAAAAAACUGCAUUCGCACACAAUUACCUAAUAUGCCAGCCGAAUAUAUAACGCGUCUUGUUUAUGAUAGGAAACAUCAAUCGAUGGCAAUUGUUAAGGAAAGAAAACGUGUUGUCGGUGGGAUUACAUUCCGCCUGUUCUCAGAAAAUCAACUAGCUGAGAUCGUUUUUUGUGUUGUAAAUUCGGACGAACAAGCCAAGGGAUACGGUUCACAUAUGAUGAACCACCUUAAGGAUCACCUCAAAGAUAAAGAAGGUAUAAAAUAUCUCAUGACGUAUGCUGACAACCAUGCAAUGGGAUUUUUUAAGAAAAACGGCUUUACAACAGACAUUACCCUCGAACGCAGUUUGUGGGUACAUUUCAUUAAAGAUUAUGAUGAAGCCACGAUUAUGCAGUGCAAAAUGAUUCAGAAGGUGCAAUAUACUCGUCUUCAAGAGAUACUUGCAAGGCAAAAGAGAGCCAUUCAAAUUAAACUUACCGAACGUCGUAAACAAGCAACUACAUACAAAGGGAUUCAAAUAUUCCAUAAGAAUAUAGCUAAGUCAGUUGAUCCUAUGUCAAUUCAAGGUAUCAAAGAAUCCGGAUGGACUCCGGAAAUGGAAGCACGUGCACACGGCAACAAGAAAACGAAUCGCAGCAUAAUGGCAAGCAUUACAGCGGAGUUGAAAAAGCAUGCAAAAUCGUGGCCAUUUAGAAAUCCGGUGAAUGGAGAAGAAGUUCCGGAUUAUUAUAAAAUUAUCAAGACUCCGAUGGACUUGAUGACAAUUGAAUCCAAAGUUGAGAAUAACUGUUAUAAAACGCUUGAAGAAUAUAUCACGGACGUGCGGAUAAUUUUCAGUAAUUGUCGCAUUUAUAACGCAGAAGGGACAAUAUACGUCAAAUGUGCAAAUGGACUCGAAAAGUAUUUUAAUGAUAGAUUAAAAUUUUACGAUAAUGCUAACAAUAAUGGCAUUAAAAGGAGAUUUUCUAACACCUCAGACUUAAUGAAAUAUCAAAAAAUUAAUUCAAUUUAUAUGCGAAAAUUUACGAAUUUACGACACAUUUAUUAUCGACAAUAUGUCACAAUUACCAAGAAGCCAAUUUAUAUUACAACUCCAAUUUUUUAUGUUAAUGCAAUACCACAUAUAGGACAUUUAUAUUCAGCGGUAAUGGCUGAUAGUCUAAAACGAUAUUAUGAAUUGAAAGGUCAUAAAGUAAUUUUUAGCACGGGAACUGAUGAACAUGGUUUGAAAAUUAAACAAGCUGCAGCAAAAAACAAUAUCAAUCCGCAAGAAUUCUGCGAUAAUGUUUCUAAUAAAUUUAAGGAACUUUUUGACAAUGCAAACAUCGGUUAUACUAAUUUUAUACGUACUACAGAACAAAGGCAUAAGGAUGCCGUGAAAUAUUUUUGGUUGCGUCUCAUGAAUAACGGAUUCAUCUAUAAAGGCGAGCAUGAAGGUUGGUACUCAGUAUCUGAUGAAGCCUUUUAUAGCACUUCUCAAGUUCAGGAGGUUCAAAAUCCCAAUUCAGAAGAAAAGUCCAUGAUUGCAAUUGAAUCUGGUCAACCGGUAGAAUGGACAACUGAAGAAAAUUAUAAGUUUCGCCUAUCGGAAUUUCAAGAUAGGCUAAAAAGAUGGUUGGAUGCAGAUCCUCAAGCUGAUAUAUCGAUAUCUAGACCACAUUCUAGACUAGAUUGGGGAGUUGAUGUUCCAGGAGAUUCAGAACAGACAGUUUACGUUUGGCUAGAUGCUUUGAUUAAUUAUCUUACGGUGAAUGGAUUCCCUUGGUCACAUGAAGAUAUGAACGGAUGGCCCGCUGAUAUUCACGUUGUAGGAAAAGAUAUCUUGAGGUUUCAUGCGGUAUUUUGGCCUGCAUUUUUAAUGGCAGCUGAUUUACCACUUCCCAAAAAGAUUUUAGCUCAUUCACAUUGGACAAUGAAAAAACAAAAAAUGUCAAAAAGUCGUGGUAAUGUUGUGGAUCCAAUUAAAGCAAUGAAUGAUUAUGGAGUUGAUACAAUUCGUUAUUAUUUGAUGAGAGAUGGUGGUAUUAGUGAUGACGGAGAUUAUUCGGACGAUAAUGUAAAAGAACGACACCGAAAAGACUUGGCAGGGCAGCUCGGAAAUCUCGUGUCACGUAGUAUUUCUCCUGCUCUAAAUCCUUCACUGGUUGUCCCAUCGCCAAUUAAAUUUUCUAAUGGAGUAACUGAGAAGGACUCUAGUUUAUAUAAUAAAUUACAAAACCUUUCAGAUCUCGUAGACAAACAUUUUCUGGAUAUGGAAUUUGGAAAGGGUUUAUCCCUCAUUUUUGAUACCGUUGCAGAAGCUAACAAACAUUUUACGGAUAAUGAACCUUGGAAAUUGAAAAAUGAUUCGGAUCAAAAAGAAACCUUUAAUAAUGUAUUAUUUUAUGCCGCAGAAACAGCAAGAAUUUCAGGAAUUUUAUUACAACCAAUUAUGCCAACAAAAAUGACCGAAUUAUUGAAUAACCUUGGAAUACAAAAAGAACAAAGAACUUGGGAAUAUGCUAAAUUUGGUAAAGGAUGGAAUAUAAAAAAUAAUCGUGAUAAAGUAUCAUUUUAUCGAGGUGUUGAUAACGGAAUCUUAUUUCCAAAACUUAAAUUAUAA